ACAUGCAAGGAUGGCAGCAAUCGUACAACCAUCCCAGUCCCGUCAGCCAUCCCCUGCUGGUCUCCUGACCACGGUGGCCAGUUUACCGCCCUCCUACAAACUACAGUACGGUGAUGUGGUCGGUAGGUCGGUCAUCUCCACUGCCAAAGCGCCUACGGCGACCGGUGGUGACAGUCCGCUAGAUUUGACCGUGCGCCAGGUGACGAUGGCAACGACAACGUCGGGAGGUCCAAUAACACCACCGGCAACACCAUCCCCGUUGAAAAAGCGUUACCGUGAAGACAAUCAGUUGAAUGUACUACAGCAAAAGACGGAAGAACCACACCCGAAACGGGUCAAAUCGGGAUUCGAACCCAGCGAACCGUUGAUGAUCGACGUGAGGAAGGAUUUAAUUACACCAGCAAAACCCACUGCCAAGACCGGUACCACCGACGCUACCGUUCCGAAUCCACCGAAAAGUACGAAAAAUCCUCCCGCACCGGCAGCACCGUCCGGUGGCACAAAGGAACGACGCGCCAAAGCCAUCCGGAAGCUAAAGUUCGACGAGGAAAACUCAUCGCCCGUGUCGGGCACGAUCAUUAUCUCGCUGGAGGAAGCGCUCAGCGGUGACACACCGCGCGAAUCCGGCGACAUUGAUCCACAGUUUAAUCUGGUCGAGGUGUCGGAUGAGGUGCGUGCCGAGUUGGCCGCCAUACCGAACGUGAUCGGUGGCUAUAACUGUAAGCUGUGCCGGUUGGAGUUUGAGGAUGCGUUCGGGUUGGCACAGCAUCGUUGUUCGUGUAUCGUGCUGCUUGAGUACCGGUGUCCUGAGUGUGGCAAGCGGUUUAACUGUCCGGCGAACCUUGCGUCACAUCGCCGAUGGCAUAAACCGCGCGAUCAGGUCGGAAAGAAGGCGAGUGCUGGGAAGGUGGAAACGGUGAGCAGCGAUUCGACCGAUUCGGACAGUGCCACAGGGAAGUUCCGGUGCCACCAGUGUGACAAAACGUUCAAACGGCCUGCCUACCUCAAGAAGCACCAGCUAACGCACAACAAACAGUCAAACAAGACGGUGAAGCCGGCAUCCAAGCGAGCUCGAAGUCCAAGUGUUGCUAUCGCACAAGUUCCGUACCGUGGUGAGGACUCGAACCAUUCCAACCACUCGAGCCAAUCGGUGGAAAGCAGCAGUGUUGUCACGUAUACUACCACGAUUGAAGAGUUGACUGCAGGAUCGAAGCCACCGCCACUGACAGUGUAUACCACGCUCGCCUCCAACGAUAAUGGAACGCAGGAGAUUGAGAUAGUUACAUCGGGAUUCUAUCAGGACCCGGGUACGGUGGCGUUUGGGCAGGAACGUGCCGGAUCGGUAGUGUCCUCGUCUGGACGGGGUAGUGUUGCGCUGGACCAUGAUGAUGAUGAUGAUGAUGAUCACGAUCAGGAGAGUGAUUGUGAGGAACGGACGCUGGUCAUCAACGAGGACUAUCGCGAUCACGAAGAGGACGACGAUGACGAGAUGGAGCGUCAGUACCGGUCGGCGUACUGCGAUCGUUUCACCGAGGAGGAAAAUCUGGCUGCCGCCGCCCUUGCCCGACUCCGCAACGGACCGUCCGUCAUCCGACAUACGACGGCACUGGUUGUGUAA